UUCAAAUCAACGCGUGCUCUCCUGACUCUGAACUUGCUUUAUCUUAAUCCACUUUGCAUGACCAUAUUCACAGAAUCAAAAUGGCUAAACCAAGUUUUACCCUCCCCAUUUUCUCCCUCUUUGUUCUGUUUUCAUUGUUGUACUCAGGAAGUCCUCUAAAGAUGGCUAACGGACAAAAGACUUGGUGCAUAGCAAAUCCAUUAUCCAGCGAUUCUGAACUGGCAGCAAACAUUGAAUACGUUUGCAGUCAAUUAGAUUGUCGCUUGAUAGAACCGGACGGUCCAUGCUUCGAGCCAGAUACUCAAAUGCACCAUGCCUCAUAUGUUAUGAACUUGUACUACCAAACUUAUGGCAGGCACCGUGCCAAUUGUGAUUUUAGACGCUCCGGUGUAGUCUCCUUGACUGAUCCAAGUUAUGGUAACUGCACUUUCCAAAGCGGAGGAGCUCUAGCAGAGCAAGAACCAUCGGUAAUUUGGUGCAACAAUAUGUCAACUUCAAUAACUAGUUUAGGUAAAACUUGGCAUCUAAUGAUUAUGGGGUUGCAGGGAAAUUGGUGCGUGGCAAAGCCUGGAACAAGCGAUGACCUGCUGCAGCAGAACAUCAACUUUGCAUGCAACCAGGUGGACUGCGGCCCGACUCAUUCUGGUGGUGCAUGCUUCUACCCAACCACUCUCGUUAACCAUGCCUCGUACGCCAUGAAUCUUUACUACCAGACCACAGGAAGAAAGAAAUCGAGCUGUGACUUCAGGGAGACCGGCCUCCUUGUCUCAAAUGAUCCAAGUUAUGGUAACUGCGCCUACCAAUAUUCUCACGACUAACUGGCUCAAGGCUGUGAAAAACUACAAUGGAAUUUCAAUAUUGUCUUUACAGUAAAGUAGCAAGACUCUCAUGUUCUUUCCAUUAAUUUAAGAAUCCUGCAAUAUUUCAGUUUUGCUUUUGAAUAAUUUGGGGCUGUUGCUUGUUGCCCUCUAGUUUCUAAAA